ACCUUUUAGCCCUGCCAGAGAAAAACAAAAAGAGGAAUUAAUCAAACCUGGCGAUAAUCCUGCUGAGCAUAUAGGCAAAGUAGGUAAUUUAUGGGCAAAGAAAACUUUGGGUCAAUUGAGAAAAUAUCAUCAACGUCAUAGUCCAAGUAUAUUAUCAAGUAAAAGUUUUGGUUCAUCAAUCAACAUGGCAGAAAAUUCAUUGGAAACUAUCAACGAGGAAGAUGAAGAUGAAGAUAUUGGUAUUUGGUCAAGUGAAGAAGUUGAUUUGACUGCCGAAUCCUCGGACGAUAAAAAACUCAACUCGCCAUCAUCUUCCACAAAUACAACCCCUACCACCACACCAUCUAUCGCAAGUUUAUUAAAUCCAAAUAAAUUAAUAGAGGAAAUUGUAGAUGAUCAACCACGUGGUAUCAAGGUAUCACCUGAACGUUUGACAAUCAAUAAAGAUAUUAUUAGUCCAAUUACUUCAACAACUUCACGUCCCAGGGAAGGAGUAGAUGUAGAUGAAAGUUCUGAUGAUGGAGUUCUGGCCAUCCGAAAUGACGGCGAUGA